CGGGCCCGGGGCGAGCGGGGCGGCAGCGUCCUCCGCGACCUGCUCAAGUCGCUGGAGGUGCUGGAGCUGCUCUGCGUCAACCUGCUCCUCUCGCCGUGGCGGAAGGAGAUCAGGUCACUGAAGACAUUCACCGGUAAUUUUGUCUACUAUAUUCAAUCUGUGCUCCCAGAUGACAUUGUAAAAACAGUACUGGAGAAAAUAGGUUACGUUGCAACAACAGCAACAGAGUUUUCACUUGUCAAAAAAAGAAACAAUGAGGAAACAAAGCAGACUGCAUUUGAAAUAUUCCUGGCAAGAAUUGAGUGUGAAACCAUCCUCGAAAUGACAAAUGAAGAAAAACAUGGCAAUUUGGAGAAGACUUUACAGAAGAGAACAAAAAUGCACCAGCAUCAUGGAGAUAAGGACAAAGAUGAGACACCCCAGAGAGAAGACGCUGAAAAUCCAGAAAAUAAAGAAAACAGUGAGACAUCUUUGUGCCUUGCUACUCAACAGAAGUCUUCAGCUAAUAGUGAUAUAUCCUUUGAAGCUGCUGGGAAUGUGAAGAUCAAAGACAAAGUGCCUCAGUUAGCAGGUACUCAAUCCACUAACAGGCUUCAGGAACACCAAAGGCAAGUCAUUAACACCGUACAUUUUCCGGGCAAAUGCUCAGACAGUGAGGACUUCUUGAUCAAAUAUAGUGACAUUGUCAUAAGACAAACACCUAUUUUCAGUGAGAAUCUUUCUCCAAAAGCUUUUGAAAAAAAGCCAAGAGCCAGGCUAAGUGAAGAAUGUGUUUUGGCAGUCACUGCAGAGUCAACUGCAAAUGAGAUCAGGCCUGUGCCACUCUCACCAGGAGCAAGCGGUCCGCCAGCCUUUGCAAUAUUUGCUGACAGCUCUUGUGACAGCAAAAACACUUUGGAGGAGUACAAAGCUCAAGAAGUGCCCGAAGAAUCAAUUGAAGCAGAAAUUAAUGAUGCUAUAAAUUGCAUAGACCCAGACCCUGCAGAUGAACCCAAUGAGCUGAAAUCUCUGUCGUACAAGGACAUUGCAUCUGUCCAAAGCUGCAGUGUCCCUAGGGAAGAGGAUGUUUGUGAGCUGUCUUUAACCUUCACAAAAUUACAAAUCAAGGACACUCAGGAAGACCUUAUGUAUCCAGUAGAGGAAACUGGCCAACCUGAGUCAGUAUCAUAUGCGAGUACAAGUGACAGACACGUAAGAGAAUUUAAUCAUUCCAAAAUAAAACAUACAUAUCUGACUAAUGCUGAGAUGCAGAACAGAGCAGCUGCCCGUAUUGAGCCAUCUUCAGAUCUGUGCGGUACUACUGGGAACAUGGAGGAUCCCACGGCUGGUUCGGGUAGCAAGAGACUAUUAAUGGAUACUUCUAGUGCACAUACAGCUGCCGAGUGCUUCAGACACAUUAGAGAGCCUCCUAACCUCACCUACAUUCCACCACAAAGUAUUGAUGUUCAGUCUUCACGCUUAAGAAGUACCAGCGCACAGGGCAGAAGGAACCUCUUGCAGCCUGAAUGUGACUCUCUCAAAUCCAGUGACAUGAAGCUGGAGAACUAUAAUUCAAAAGUAAAUGAAAUCCAGGAGCCUUAUGUCAUUAUUGAUAAAACUGACCAAGGAAUGUUAUGCCAUCACACUUGA